AUGAAUCCAGCCCUUAACCCAGAUACGCCUCCGCCCCCUCCCCCCAAACCCGGCAGCCACGAGACGAGCCGAAGGGGCACACCGCAAACCAACCCCCCGUUACCCGGAACACCACAGAACCCGCAGGAGGGAUACUACGGACAGAGCUGGAUGAACGCGCAGGCAGGGAAUCAAUACUCAUCUCCAGGCGUAGCUCAACCCAGCGCUCUGCCCGAGCCCCCGACGAUCGAAGAAGGUUGGCUUCCGGGCAACGUGAACGAUAAAUCGACAAUCGAUCUACAAACCAUCCUCAAAGACCCGAGUCUCGUUUCCGCUCUAGCCAGCCACCAUCCGUCGUACACCGCGCACCAACAACACCUUCAGUCUCUCCUCAAGUACAACCAGGAGUUGGCGAACCGUCUUCUAGAGCUCCAAUCGCAUGUGACGGAGCUGAGGUCGUCCACGGAGAACUUGCUCCUUACCCAUCAGUCGCUGGAAGUAUCGUGGCGCAAGAAGCAAACGGAGAUGGACGCGGCGCUGGCGCCGUGGUCGCCCAAGGCUCUCUAUCAGCGAUUGGCGGCGUCCAUCGCGGAACAGGAGGCGGUGUGUCAUGCUGUGGAGGAGAGCUUCCUGGAAGGGGAGCAUCAUGGGCGAGCUACUGAAAAGGAGGUCGCGGAUUGGAUUAGACGGGUUAGGGCUGAGUCUGGCAAGCUGGCUGCACGGAGGGAGGCUAAGGCUCGGUGGGAUGAGGGAAGAGUGGGUGGGUGGAGGUGA